AUCUUAGAUCGAAGGUUCUGUGUGGAAUACAAAUUGUUUGAGGACAUCUCUGCUGUAGAAGGAAAAGUUGUGCUGAAAUUUGAUCUUGGCGAGAAUACAGAGCACGUUAUAAAUAUUAUCUUGCGUCACAAACAACCUACUACACCGUCAGGCGGCUGUACUGAUCAGUGAUGGAUACAGAAAUCAGCGAGUGUCCGAAUUCAUGCUGUGAAUUAACUGACUGAUUGCUUACCAAAGUGGCAACACCCGCAACUAUGUCAGCUGAUAAGGGAGCGGUAAUGUUGGAUCAAAAAUACUUUUAUACCUCAGGUGAUUUUACAUGGCAUUGCAUAGUAAGCGAUGAAGAACAAAAUGAAUACGUCUUUACCAAGGUAAAAGUACAUUUCUGAUUUCGAGAAACAUAAGGUUACGUUAAUGUCUGUUGAAGUGUGCGAGAAUUGGUAAGAUCUGUUGAGGUAAGACAAGUUUAAUACAAUAGCAUCGAAGAGUUGUUGCCUCUUGAACGCUCAAACCCAUCUACAUCUAGCCAUAUGGCCAAAUUCGAGAUUUCUUGGAUUUCUUAUUUUAAGAAAAAACAACUCAUAAAAUAAAACGUUUUAUUAUGUAAACACCAAUGAAAUACCAGGUGAGCUUUCGCGCGAAAACUUGAUAUCUUCACAUGUGAAAAUAACAUGUUAUCUUCACAUGUGAAAAUAUCACCUUUGCUAUGGCUACAUAAUAAAUCACACCUUUCACACCAAAAAACUAUUAAAGUGAAAUGGUUUGGUAUUUCAUUGGUGUUUAUAUAAUAAAAUUUAAUAGAGCAUUUCAUGGCCGCUUGGAGAUACAAAAUUUCUCUUCUUGUGUUGAAAAAAUAUUCCACUUGUUCACUGCACUCACUUGUGAAAUAUUUUUCAACACUUGAAGAGAAAUUUCGUAUCUCUGCGCUGCCAUGUGCAUGUAAUAUCCUCUAUUUCUUAAAUUGAGAGUUUCGGAGCAAUCUCAAAUUUAGAGUGUUGCAUUUGGAGAAGGAGACUCAUGUGGGCAGACAAAUCAGUCCCCAGGGACUCCCAGUUUUGAACAAGAACUUCUUCUUGUCCUCAAAAUUUGGGGACAUCUAAUGGAAAACUGCCAAAAUCAAUGUUUAAAAAGAAUAAUUCUCUUAAUUUCCUUGAAGCAUAAAUUCCAAAAAAGAACCAAGCAGUCCCACUACUACUCUCCUAUAUCAAUCAUCCAGAGCUUGGCUAGUUAUAAUGGUUUCACUUAUAGGAGGAUUUCCAAUAUGUUUUUUGGGAUGUGGAAUUGGCUUUAUUUGAAGAGCAGAAUUCCGGUAUUUAAUGAAAAAUGGGGACAAGAUUCAGGUUAGAAACUAUGCGUAGUUGCCAAAAAUAAGCUUCAGGAUUACGGAUUGCACAAAAAUUUAAUUGGGAAUGAUAAGAUUGAGGAACCCUAUUGGGGACCCUCAUGUAGUCAUGUGGUCACACAAUUGAUUGAACUGGUCACCAGGGCCCGGUUCCUGAAAGGCCGAUUAGCAUUAAUCCAGGAUUAAAAUUUUGUUCCGUUUUUGUAUUUUACAUUCCUAUGCAUUGCUUAAGGUAACAUUUUGUGUUAUCGUUACUGUAUCUCGUAGUAAAGACUCAACACUACUUUGUAACCUCGAGUUGCAUGUUCUUAGACGAGAAAACUGUGCUUGAAAUUUGGCUUAAUCCUUGGUUAAACUUAACCAUCUUUCGAGGAACCGGGCCCUGAGCUACAUUAAUUUUGUGGAGGUUGGCACCAACCCCCCUCUUUCUGACACAGGCACUGAUACACUACAUGUACAUUUCUUUAUGAUUAUAAUUUAUCAAUCCCCAGGUUUUUUCUCCGGUUGCCAGGUUUUUGGGCCUUUUCUAAAAACUUCAAGUUGGUUUUUCAGUUCAUGCUGCAGGUUAGGCCCCUAAACCCAGAUUAAAAAUGAUUGAAUGGGAACAGAAAGUCAAGCCUGUAAAAAUCCUCUGAAUGAAAAUUACCCUUCUCCCUUAGAAAAGGCUUGAGAAUGAGCUUCAUUUAACAAUAAAUAUUUUCAAAAAGUUUAUCUUAGCUUGAAACACUGUUUUGUUUUAUUAAUUUAAGUUUGAUAAGGAAAUUCGGCGGAGGUGGAAUGCUGCUGUGGAUGCCAGUUGCUUUGCAUAUAAGCUGGACCAUGUGAAAGGGAGAGUUGUUCCGGGCAAAUAUCAAAUUUAUAUUCAGGUACAGUAUGAUUGUAGUUGAUGGGUGAGGGGGUUGAGGAACAAGGGAGAAGGAGAAGAGACAUACAUCACAUCCAUGUAUGUAUAGGUAAAAAGGCAAAGGUACACACAAGCCAAAGGCCCAAACAGCCGAAGCUUAUCUUGGUUCCUCAGCAUGAAGCAUUCCUAGGAGUAUUGCUACUCCCCCCCCCCUGGACAGGAUGCUACAUGUAGUCCAUGGCAGGGUUACCCCUAGUAGUAUGUUGCCGGUACCCAUACUUGGGUAAAGAGAGGUCCAAGGUGGGGUAAAGUUUGUUGUUUAUGGAAACCUCGCGAUGGGCGAGGCUUGAAGCGCAGACCUGCAGAUCGGGAGUUAGAGGUGUUAACCACUCGGCAACACACACCUCCACACAUAUAUAAAGGGAUAACAUUAGAAGUCAUGUAUAUGCCAAGCAGGAGAGAAAGUAGCACUUAAAGUAGUUUUGCCAACUCAUAGUUAAGAGUCAAUUUUCAUUACUGGCUGAAAAGUUUAGGCAACUCCAGUUUGUCAAGGAAGGUCAACUUUCGUGUGAUGAGUAUGUGUACAAAUUAUGUAUAUGAUGCUAGCAUUCUUAUUUUGAGUUUCCAGUCUGUUCAUGAAGUCUGACUUGAUACAUGUCACAUUACUGUUUAGGAGAACUUAAAAAAUUUUCUUAACACCCUCGGAAGGUUUUCUGGAGCCAUGAAAAUCUUCAGUAUUUUUUGUCAUGAGACGUGUUUCAUGCCUUUAACUAGGGAAAAGUUAGCAGGCAUAGUCUGUUAUCACAAGAAAAAAUUUGGGAGACUGGAUAGUAGGAUAUUGAAGGCAGAAUAUGCUAACCACCAGACUUUGUAGCAAUUAACUGAACAAUCUGCUAUAUGUUCAAUUCACAUACAAACCCCAUACCAGUAAAUAAAAGGCUGAAAUAGGGUAGCCUGAUAUUAUGUUCUUAUUCUUGAGAUUAGUCUUCGUCAGGGGUUUCAUAACAAGCCAGGACUCAAGUGCUGGCACCAGUGUACUCUGAGCACAGGACCUGCCCUCAAACAAAAUGGAAAAGCCUAUUCUCAAACAGACUCUAACUUUCCCAUCCUACUCAACCUUGGGCACCCUUGUACUUGAAAAAAAAAUCUUAUAACAAAGGAAAAUAAGAACGCGAGUCUUAUUGGGAUUCUUGAAACAAGUGUAAAGCUUAAAAUACAGUUCAAAUUAAUGAUAUUAUUUCUCUUACAUAGCACAAUGAAAUGAGAUUCAACAAGCGAAGACAGCCUCAAGUAAUGAGCAGUGUGUCUCAACCUUUUAACCCAGACAAAUUUAACUUCACUAAAGUAAAGAGUAAAGAGGUAAUACCAUAUGUUUGUUUGAUAGGGUUAGUUUGACUUUUGUUGCACUCAAUGACUUUUAACCGCUUACUGUUGGUCUUCAUCAUGCUGUGGAGUUGAUUUGCUGUGUGCAACUAUUAGUAACACUUUGUUUGUCAGUGAUUGAUGUGUUUUUGACCUUGUGCUUGUUGAGCUUCUUCAGCCAUUUUUACCAGUGUUAUUUGGCCUGUCAUUUUUUUAGUAGGUACUAUUAAUAGUUAAGAGGUGCACCAUGUAAAAGGAAAGUUCUGUGACAAUGCAGGGGCACCCAACAACAUUUUUUGUAAAAUAUCUGUUCAGAGGAGAAAAAGUUGCCUAGAAUUUAUUAAAGCUUGAGAAAGGCUCCAAAUUUCUGAACGACUGUUCUACACUGUACUUGUCCAAGAUUUCUAAUCCUUAUCUUACUUUCCUAAGAUUUUCAGAGGAUGGAAUGUUUUUUCACAUUUUAUUACCAAGAUAUUGUGAUUAUUGCUCAAAAAGGUCUCUUGAAAAAUUUUGGUAUAAAGAGAAAACGUUCCCUAGAAAAUUCUACCGAAAUUCUAACUUUCAACCAGACCCUUCAGGGUAGCAAAAAAUUUUGGAUGAGAUGAUGAUGCUACCCAAAACUUUCAAGAUGAUUAAAGUUCCCCAGGGCUAAGACAUCCAAAGAGAUCAAAUUUACCUGGGGCUGCCUAAAAACUAUUUAAUUGCUUUUAGGCAGCCCCAAAUUAAUCAAACAGGCUUCUAAAGUAUAGCAAAUACCACUUGUUCACACUCCUGUUGUAUUUGGAAACAUUCAGCCAUUUACCUGCAUGGGACAAAUGGGUACAACACACUCACACUGUUUCUGUUAUAAAGUGAAAAAUGAAAAAUUUUGGCUAUAGGCCAAAAAAAAUAUGGCAGUCUUAUAACAUUGUGUUUUUCACACAGGUUUUGUUUGAACUGUGCCCACAUCACAGAUUGUCAAGAGAUGAACAUAACCUUAUGAUAAUAAAUAUCAGUCCUUUGGAAUAUGGACAUUGUUUGUUAGCUCCAGCUGUAAAUAAAUGCCUCCCACAGGUAUGACAAAUAACUUAGUUUAUAACUUUACAUUUACACAGAUGUCCCAGCUUGGUUAUUUGUGAAUCAAAUGUGAAAACAGCCCACAAUGAUAUCUUAUUUUUGUGGUAAGAAUGUAAUGCAUCAAAUUUUUCUUGCUGGCCAUAGUCUGUGAAAAUGCCUGCAGAGGUUGAAGUAAGAACCUGGUUUUUAAAAAACCUGUUAGGCUAAACUUUGCCAGUUAGGCGCCUUCUAAAUAAGAACCCAUUGUGCCUAAAAUUUGAAACAGGUCUUCAUUAACUUUUUUGAAAAUCUAUAAAAAAUUCCGUUCACUUAAAAGUCACAUUUCAGCAUCCUCUUUGGAGACAUUCCAGCUGGUGUCUUAUCACUCCAACUGCGAUGUAAUGGUAUGCAGAUUUUAUAUAAGGAAUAAGCUGAAUUCCUCCUAUAUACUCUUAGCUACACUGUAUUUUUUCCUUCUGAGAAUAAGAACCUAUUUAAGAACCUAAAUAGCCUAAAUUUGUGUUAUAUGUAAAUACCAUUUAUGUAAGACGUUGUUUAGGUUAACUUGGGAAAAUGCAGGUUCUUAUACUCACAGGCUUUUAACUGUAGGCAUCAUAGCAAGCUAAAGAACAUUUAGGUGGGAGAUUAAGACAUAUUUUACACAACUUUCGCUUGUGCACUGUAAAUAUCUAACAUUGAUAAACGAGGUAAAGUAGGGAAUGAUUCACAAAGAGUAUACUCACCGGAUCUUACAAUGAGUACUAGGUCUUUUGAAACAUUUCCAGGCAAAAACUUCCCUUGUGGAAUUUUGCCAAAGAAGGUAAACGUUGUUGAAAAAAAAAAUGUUAUGGCAAAAAAGCUAUGCAUACAUGUACAUUGAGCAAAUUAGAACUUAUGAGAUAAAGAAAGUGGCUUUUAAGUUUAACUUUUUGUUCUUGGGCUAUGAUAUUGGCCAUGAAAAAAAAAUUAAAAACUUUGUAUGAUGGGAGACUAGUACUUUUGUUUCUUCGCUUAAAUUUCAAUGUUUUAUCUCUCGUAUCGGGAAAAAUUGAGAUUCUUGGGAAUGGAAAUUUUUUGAAGGGUUUAUUAUUGCACCACUGACAGUUGUGUGUGGAUAUGUUAUAAGGUCCUAACAGAGGAAUCAAUACUGUUGGCUUUGGAAACAUCUCUACUCAGUAACCACAGGUACAUAUAUAUUUAGUUGCCUUCUGGCCUUAAAUUAUCCCUAUUGAGCCACCAGGGUAGAAAUCUCUUUAUAGGAACGGCCGUGUGUAUUUAUACGCGGCCUUUCGUCCCUUAGGGUGGAUUUCCACUGUCACGUCAAACGUGCGUACCAGGUUCAACUUUUACAUUUACGUGCGACCUUUUACAUACAUUGCCUCUUAUUUAUUUACGGACGUAAAAAUUGCACGACAGAGGAAAUUCAUUCGUGAGUCAUGAUCACGUACUCCACGAACACCACGUACACCGUACAUGUAAACAAGAACUGUUUUGGAUUUAUGCUAUUGCCGUAUUUUACUCAAAUCUAUCUGUCGUAUCUGGGUUUGUGACAAGGCUGACUGUACACCUGUGUAUAUGAAGAUGUUUUAAUGAAAUACUUUACGAACUGUGUAAGUUCGUAUAACUGAUACUUCGGUAACUUAUUUUUGUUAAGUACGACACCACAUAUUCCUAAGGGUUGUGCCAAUUGGCAGUUAACUAGAAUUAGCCUUUACUUGUAUUCUUUUCCAUGCCCGUCCUAUUUUUAGAACCAAGUGUUUCCAUCGGUAAGUUCCUUGGCCUCGUUAUUCCGCGCGGCCAGCGUGCGGCUUAUGAGUUUCGGGUCACGUGGUUCAAGCGAGUUUUUGAGGCGUCUCCCGGCCGUUCGUCUCGGAUACUUCACCGAAAUGCAUUUAACGAGAAGGCCCGGGAAGACGCCGGACAGGGAUUAGGCAUUACAGUCUCCUAAUAAUGGACUAAAGUAUGUAUUGAAGAACUUUAUCACUUUGUGGGAAUUGACCUUCGAGCCACUCUAUCAAAAGGAAAAAGCGGUGAAAAUGAAUUAGCUUGAGACAGUGCGUUUGGCAAAUUUCCCAGAGGCAGUAUUGUUUAAUAGACCUGAAGAAAAGAGAAGAACAGAGAAUAAAAUACUGACAUUGAGCUGGAAGUAAAGGCCACAAAUUUGUCUGUGUCAGCGAACAUCCAAUGGCAAGAUUUCUUCCUUUUUUUCGAGUUAAAGGGACAGGUUCACGGUUAAGCGCAUGCUCGUUAAUUAAAUUACUUUUUUCCAAUGCAUUAUUAAUUCUAUCGGUUAAUAAUCCCACUCGCAUGUAUCUCAGCGAUCUCAGAGUGUAUUUUACAUUAGAAGUGUGUUUCAGGGUAACCUGAAGUAGGAUGGAGGAGUACUAAAAUCGCAGAAAAAAUUUAGUGGAUUAUGCCAACACCACCAACGUUGAAUUUAUUGUUGACCCGAAGGUUUUAUUCCAUGGUUGAUUAAUUUACAGCUACAGUUUGCAAAUAUUUAAGUUGAUCAAGUGCAAGUGACUGCUAGGGGAGUGUGCAGAUUGGUUUUUUUGACAACAUUAUGUCAUGAUGAUAUUGCUUGCAUAGACGAUACAGCAUGUCACAGCAGAAAAACAGCAUUUUGAUAAAUGAGCAUGCGCUGAACCGUGAACCUGUCUUUUUAAAUACGUUAUAUUCGUUGUGAACCGAAUAAUCCGUGGAGAGAAAUUAGCAAAAAAAAAUCAUAAAUUCAUUAUUUGUAAAAACAACUGUAGCGAGGUCUUCUGUUAUCAUUUGGAAAGAAAUGCAAAGUAUAGUGUAAGACAGGAGCCGUAAUCGGCUCCUGGGGUAAGAUGAUAGGCAGGCUAAGUGAUGUUGUCACUGAAAGCCGUCCACAGACGUUUUCCCCUUAUUCAGUGCGGAUUUUUGCGAUUUUUGCGAUUUUUGUUCUGUGAGCACGCUAUUAAAAGAAUUGAACUACGUCAACUUUCCUGGAUUCUUGCUCCAGGCGUUUUUACGAAUGUUUUAGUUUUCAAACUUUUUAUUCGUUCGAGAGCUCUGUUGCCCUUUCUUACAGAUUUUCAUUAGGGAUCUCAUCUAAUUUUCGCCCUAAGUACGGAAACGCAGGACACUGCCACUUAAACGCACUUAGUUCUAUCGAAGUAAGAGAUGCAUUCUUUAAAUCCAACACAAUAAACUGUUCUGAUAGCUUAUUUUGCGGUAGGUUUACAAUUUUACUACCGCAAGCAUCAUUUUUUACCUAUUAAGACCGGGCGUUUUUGGGCUGAGACGGGUGAGGGGGUGGGGGGCGGGGAGUUCAAAGUCUCCCCAUCUAUAACUUUGGAACCGCUCAUGAUAAGGCUGUAUAAUUCGCGCGCAACUGGUUUUUCAAACUAACGAGUAGUAAAUAUUCCCCUAUGAUAAUCAGUUCUUUGUCAUCUCUGUCAUCUUCAACCCGAAACGAUCUGAAUUUGUAGAUGGACUCUAAAGGAGCUUCCACUGGAAGGGCCUAAAUCUUCUCAACAUCGAAUGUCAGACUUCUUUUCUCUUUCUUUGACUGCCAGUCUCCGAUACGGAAAAUAAUAUGUAGAUGACCCAAGCGUACAAGUACAUUCAGGAACAUUUGUACACGAUCCCUUUUGGCCUAAAAAUCUUACCGGCCUCAAAAGCUUUGUCUGAAUUUGCUGAUCAGCUAGAAUGUUUUGAGUUAAUUAGUUUAAUGAAUGCUAUAUAGUUUUCCAAGCACUCCUUUGGAAAAUUUUAUUGUACAGGCUUGAAAUGAAUGUUUGUCUUCCUCAGAGCUACUGUAUCGAGGUAUGGAGGUCCUCUGGAUCCACUUGUUCACUUUGGGAUCAUAGCUUUCAACUGCGAGCUCGGGCUUUGACGAUAUAUCAUUUAAACCACCCAGUACAUAAAGCGUUCCGUUAACACAUACCAUACUACCCGAAACACGUCUAGUAUUCAAGCUUGCGAUAGUGUGCCAUUCAUUUCUAGCAACAUUGUACACUUCACAUGCAGAAAGCGAACUUUUAACCAAUCCUGUAGCGAAAAUCUUCCCUUGAGAUGCGACACCGAAAGGACUACUUUCUAUAACUUGCAUGGGUGCAAUUUUCUCCCAUUUGCUCGUCACAGUGUCGUAUCUGCCAGCUUUACUAAAAUAUCCACACCCAAGAACAUACAGACAGUUGCCAGAGGUGACAACACAUGAAUAAGUUCGGCUGUAUAGAACGUCAGGAGAAGAUCGAACAGUUUGCCAGGCACACAAUUCCUCAUCAUAUCUUUUAAUAACAGGUGAGCUGCGUCGAUCGGGGCGGCAGAUAACAUAGAUUUUUCCUCCAAGGACUGCAAAGGAGCAAUCAUCACCGCCAGGGGAGAGCUUGAUUUUAGCCCAGCUGUCAAAAGCAGGAUCGUAUCUUUCAGUGUCAGCAUAGAACGCGUUAGGAAAGCUGUAGACCUGAUUUCGGCAUCUUAUAAGCUGUGUGGUAUGGUUUCGGUCUUCUGAAAAUCCACCUGCCAAUAGUUUCCACGUGUCUUUUUCAGGGAGGUAACAGUACGAGUGAUUUCCCCCACGAACCACAAUGGCGUGGGUUUCAAUUCUUCUUGCCGACUGCACCAGAGUAUCUUCGCUUGCAGUAAUAACUAACUUUAUAGCAUCCACAACUUGCCUUGAACAAGAAACAUUUUCUACAACCAGUUCGUUGGUCACGACAUUCAGCAAAUAGUCACGCGACAAUGAUGCCAGUCGAAUGUGACGAAAGAGCCGCUCAAAUUCGGCUUUUCGCUCACUUUUGUCUUGUUCAAUCCACUUUAAUAUGAUUCUGAACACGUCUUCUUCAUCUGGAACACAAAUGUUUUCACUUGAAAUCCACUUUUCAACCUCUUCGGCUUCCAACUUUAAAAAUUCGUCAGAUUCAGCUACCGAAGCGAAAUUGUUGUGUAUAAACUUCGUGCAUUUAUCGACAAGUUCGUCACAUCUAUAUUUUUGAGCGAAGCGAAGAGUUGAGAUGCAAUUUGUACUAGUCAGUUGUUUCUCUAGAAACCUUCCGGCCCUGGUUUUCAAACUCACAAGAAGUAAAUAUUCCGCUGCGAAGAUCAGUUCUUUGGCAGUUUCUUCAUCUUUCAUUUUAAUGCUUCCAGUGUAGACGAAGUCCAAAACAUCUGCCAGGAUAGACUCCGAAAUUUCUUCAAAUCGAAUGACUCCUUCUUCUUUUUCCUUCAUGUCAGUCUUGAGGAGCUUCACAAAAAACGGACUUACCGCCGAUAGUACAUUUUUGUGGGCUCUGAAUUCCGUUCCUUCUUUCGCCACUAAGGUGAUGUCGCACAAAUAGGUUUCUCCGCGUUGCAUGUUUAGUCGCCUCAGCAAUUCCACACAGAAAGAGCUCUGUUCAGCUACACGGAUUGGUUCUAAAUCUUCCAUGUUUAUCGUUUGGAUUCGAUUUGACAAACUGUUAAAACGCUCAGUAAGGGAUAGGCACGGCCUAACACGGGAAAGAAAUUCAUCAAGUCGCGACUGGGCAGACCCAAGUCGGGGAACAGGGAAAUGACUUCGUGUAGUAAACAGUAGGCUGUCAUGCGCAGCAUGUCUUUUGGUGUCAUCACGCAACGCUCCUUCCCACAAAAGGAGGAACGUUUCGUGACGGACACGAAAAAAAAUGGCUGCGCAGCAUGCUCAUUUGGGCGGAUAGGAUAGCCUGCAAAGAAGGAAAAACAUUGAAAAAUAAACAAAUGAAAAUGUCAAGGCAAAUUGUCGAGGACCAAGGAAUUGCUACUCAAGCGACGUAACAGAAGUUUAAGUAAAUCCUGAAACCUAUGUAGUUACUAUAUAGACAGCUCAUAGUCCGAAGUUUAAUUUUAGCAAAACCCUGUGUUACAAGAUAUUAACUAUAUAAAUACAGUUAUUAAAGUCCCGGAUUAAAGUGUUGUUUCCAAAUACCGACCCGUCCUUAGAACGUACAAAGCGUAUUUUUUUUUAUAAUUAAAGUGUUAUAACCGCACCCUCAGGGCGCUCUAUGUCAAAACUGGCCAGUUGGACCAGUCUUUUUAAAAACAAAUUAAGCUUUUUUCGAAAGUUUCCGCCAGAAAACGAGUGCGGUCGAGCCAACCAGCCGUGAUGCAAGGGUCUGGGUACUACUAAAGAUUUUCAAUCAAAGACGAAAUGUUAGAUCUUUUUGUCUAGACGAUUGUGUGGCCAGCCAAUAAAACGUUUACCUGGGGAGUUUGGAGAGCACUCAAGGAGCUUGAUUUGCUCUCGGCAUCCCAGCACGUUUCAAGUGUUCUCAAUAUUUCCCUCGUGCAUACGUAAUUCGUUAUACGCACGCCAAGCAUGCACCAAUUCUUAUUGAUGUAGAUUUUGUCUUAUAAAAUUCUGACAAAGUACCGCCAGAGAGGUUUCAUUUUUAAUGGUCACACCACAUAUUGUCCACAUGAUUGAAAUUUAGAACUAAAUACGUCUGAUUUACCUGUUUUCAUAAUCAUUAACUCUGGGAAUGAAAGAGUGAAUAUCUUUAAUUUUCUGUAAUAUGGACAAUGGAACCAUGUCAUCUUUAAACAAAACUAUCUCCAAUCAUUAUCUCAUUUUUCUUCCAAACAAAUGACACCUCAAGUUCAAGUCCCACUCUUGUCAAACUAAUUUGUUCCAGGUAGAUUAAGACUAGCCUACAAGGCAGGCGUAUUUUGUAUCGCGCUUUCGUUAAAAUAAAAGCGCCUAGCCUCGGCAGGCUAGAUAAAGACAGGAGGCUGUAAUUAGUAUAUUAUUUGUGUGCUUGUUUAUGUAUUUAUUAAAAAUGUGUGUAUCUGCUUUUGUUGUAGAGGAUUUCAUGUUGGUUUCAACAGCCUUUGUGCACAUGCCUCAGUGAAUCAUCUUCAUUUUCACACUUGGUACAGCCAGUAUCCUUCUUAUCUCGAGUCAGCAGUGAGUUGCCCAUGUGCAUUUGUAAUGGACGAUAUACACACACUUAAAAUUGCCUCACGUGGCACAUCAUAAAACUCUUACUUCAUAAAAGAAAAAAGAAAAAAAAUUAACAGAAUUGCCAGUUGUUCUGUUAAAUGUGGAGCGCCCAUCUCAUAUAUAUCGUGAAACCUUGGUUACACUAUGACGUUCAGACUGUUUAUAGAUUUAUCUUCUGCGCCAAAUUUUCUCAGCCAAUUGCAGCUGGAAGGAUCUAGCUGAAUGACCUAUGAGAUCAACAAAAUGUCGAGCGAAGAGGGUGUAACUGAGCUGAAGAACAUUGGAAGUAAGGACGAAGAAGCCUCAAUCUUUACUACUGAGAAGGUCGAAUGACGUAUUGGAUUGUGCGUACUACUGAAAGGUUGACUGACGUUUUGGAUUGUGCAGAUGUUUGUUUGUGAAUACAGUAAAUUUCACAGGAAGAGAAAUGAAUCUAAAAAUACAUAAAAACAAUUCUCAACAAUAUGACUCUCAGUGGUCAAAGCAGGUACUGUAGUAGCUUUGGGGGCCGGGCUCUUGUUAUAAUUAACAGUAUUUAUUCAUUUUCUCGGAUAAACAGGAGGUCAGUCCCAUUUGUAAAGAUGUGUUUGAGGUCAGGAAUUAUCCAACAAAUGCAUUUGUUUUUGAGCUGGCACCAGAAACUGACGUAUGCUCUCUGGCAAGGUACUUUAUAAAAAAAAAUUGCUCACAAAGUUCUAGUAUUAUUUGAGGCUACAAGAAGGGUGUCUAUGUAACAAUUUGAAGUGAUUUGUUUGUAACUUUCAAGAAGCUUCUGAGGUAGUUUUGGACAAAAGUGUAAUUCUUACAAACUACUCCUUUUAAAGGUUUGGUUGUACAUUAGAUCAGCUGUGUCACGAAAUUCACCAAAAUUCAACCAGAGGAAACUAGGUGUGAAGCAAGAGAAAUUGGGGUAAAUUACCCAACAAUGCUCAAUAUUUCGCAAUUAAAAAAGGGCCGCUAAAGAGAAGAAGCUACGAAAAGAAAGGGCGGGACCUUUAGGAGGUGUACCCCUUCUCCCUUCCUUCUAACUAGAGCUGGUCGCUUACGAAAGUGGUCGCUUAGUGGUCACAAGGAUCGCCCCAUAUUAGGUAAUCCGGAUUCUGGAAUCCGGGAAAUUGUUGGCUGUGGAAUCCGGAAAAAAUUUGCUUGUGGAAUCCGAAAUCCUUGGCUUUGGAAUCCGGAAUACAGUUCAAGGAAUCCGGAAUCCCACUAACGAUUGGAAUUCAGAAUCCAGGUUCCACUGACAAAGACUAGAAUCCAGUACUUCGAAUGCGGAAUCCACGGCGUGGAAUCCAGAAUCCAAGACUGUCUUGGAUUACUUUACAUUGUAUGUAGGCAGACAAGGAGGGCGUCGAUUUCGGUCAGCAUUAAAUUGUAUAAUAAUUAUCUGUUAUACGAUCUUUUUUUAGGAAAAUACACAAGGUCACGUCGUAUUUCAUAGAGAAUGAGAUAGCCCACAACUUUCACAUUAUGCGAGGAACGAGAUGUUAUUCAAACCCCCAAAUAAAUGGAGCUGUGCGUCAAGAAGACGGCCAGCGAUAUUCAGUUCUUAGAGUGUUCCUGUGGCCAAGAAACCCUGUUCAUGGUAGGAAAAACCUCUCAGCUGAUCACUUUUCGGUCAAGUCGCUCUAAGGUUUCUCGUUUUGGAUUAUUUCGCCCGUCAAAGACCUUCUUGCUUUCCGCUCCAGUGAGCGUACACAGUAAAACCAGAUUUUGGUUUGGGUGGACGAUUUUCUGCAAACGCCUAUAUAUCACCGGGCCUCAAGCUAGUGCCUUUGUUCACGGUAAUAUGGGAAAGGUCUUGGUUUUUUAAAGAUUUUACCUUACACGGCUUGGAAGUUAUUGCCUCACUGCGUUUUUAUAACGACUUUAAGUUCCCUCAAAAUUAAGGGGCUACGUAACAAUGCUAAAUUUCGGGUGACCGUAACUCCAGGGUUCUUACAAAACGCCUCGCGUGACUUGAGGCACUUGAUUAGUUACCCUCCGAUCGAUUCACAGUUGUGUUUGUAACCUACAUUGUUGUUUUGUUCAACAGGUGCCAAAGACUUAAGUUCCUAUCAGUCUGAGAGGCGACCUAUUGCUGUGUACGAGUUUGCUGGCUCUUUGGCAAUCGAUAGUAAGACAUUUCUACUUAAACCUUCAAGAAAAUCCCCGUAAAAUGUUACUUCUUUGUCUACUCGGAACAUCCAUGGAAAAAAAAGAAGACCCCUUAUUUUUUUCUUGGUCAUUUAACACCCUCCUAAAGUUAUAGUUCGAGAAUGUACAAGGCAUUUUUUUUUUUCAAGUUUGACCGUAUCGUCAUGAAACUCGCUCCGGUUGUUUUAGCCUGCGAAUACAGCGGUCUUUCCUCGCCAGUAGGGAUGUUUCGCAAGAGAGACGUCUGCGUUUCUGAACCAAAAAGCGGCGAGGAGUAAGCUAGAGACGACUGGAUUCGCAGGCUAUGGUUGUCUAUUUUUUGUUGAAAUUGGAAACUAUAAUAAUGAAACUGAAUGCUAAAAGGAAGAGCUAUUUACAUGUAUUUUGCUUUUUAACAUCUUUCAGCAAAAGAAAAAUAUGAUUCAUUUACCGAAGAGGAUUUUUGUGCCUACUUAAGUCGAGCUUCGCUAGCAGAAGAAGUGUUCAUCAGACAUAAGGAGGCGAUACGAGAAUUAUUGUCCGUCAAGAAUGCGACCUGAUAAUCAAGGAUAAACGUCCGCUGUAAACAAGCAAACGUACAAACUGAGGAGAAAUGUUUUUUGAAAGAAGGCUCAGUGCUUCUCGAACGAGCUAACCUGUGUGAGGCGAAAACGGGUAUGACAGGAUGGGUAAAAGAGUUCGAGGGAGACUGCAUGGGUACAGAAGGGACUCAGGAGACUUCAAAACAAGAGGGUUAUUAGAGGGGUUCUGGAUUAUUCUUUUGUUCGAUGUACCUCGUGCAGUAUCGUAGUAGUAUCAAGGUCGACAGUUGCCUACGUACUACACAGUAGCCUUCAAAUGUAUUCUAGUUCGAGCAAAAUGGGGACUCGGUAGGUUGUCUCGUAUACCACAAUAAUGAUUGAGUUGAUCCGAUAAAUUGUUGUGGCAUGAAAUAUUAACUAUUUUGGUGCUUUGUUCUUUUAAUUUUAGACGUACUUGAGAUUGUACACCAAUAAAGAAGUUGUAAACCAGAGAUCUAGAGUACUCACCAUUUACAUGGGAAGUCUGGAAAUUCUGUUUGCAAACUACCGGAUAGCUUUUGGUGCUGACACGAAAAGCUAUAAGUAUAGUGUAAACACCUUUCCGAUAUGUGACUCUCCACUUUAGAGAUACGCGCGGCCCAGCAUUGCUCUGUUAAGGCUGAUUUUCACUGACGCGUUUUUGGCUACGCACAGCCACGCACGUUGACGCACGUAAAUUUUUUUCACGUAAAUAAAAUAGAAGCAAGAUAAAAAGUGCUGAGCUUCGAAACGAGAAGUAGAGAGAGGUUCAACUUUUACGCUUACGAGCGACCUUUCAUGCAUUGCCUCUAUUUUGUUAGCGAACGUAAAUGUUACGCACGUAGUUAUGUAGAAUUUAGGCGACACUGGAAAUCAACCCUUACAGAAAUCGCGCCGAAAUCAAUGUUCUUUUGUGUGAAUAGAAACCCUACCCGGUGUGGGUUUCGUGCCGACUCAAAAGCCAUCCGGUAUAGUCUGAACAAAGCUUUAACCUACCUCUUAAUAACAAACGACUUUGCUUUACGAAUGUUCAUGCGAAGAAAGGAGGGAGGCUUUCGUCAACUUCUUGGAAACCACCUCACCCCGCUUUAAAGAAUCUAGGACCACUGUCUCAGAGAUAUUUCAGGAUCUUGAAAACCGCAAGAUCAGUUAACUUUUUAUUAUCCAAGUUGGACCAUGUUUAAAAUCAAUUCCAGAUAAUAAAUUAAUUGAUUUUCCUUGGUUAAUUUUACUCUGUUUCUCAUCCAAUUUAUCUAAUCCAAUUCGACGCUCCAAUGAGCUGCUAAUUCCAAAAAAAGCCCAAACGGACUAAAUAGAGCCUAAAACGAAAACUUUCCAAAACAAAGCUCACAUAUCUUUAGAUGAAUAUACUCACUGAAUAAUGCCUCUAACUCCAAGUGCAAAACCGACAAAGUCAAGAAAAAUGUCAAUUAAACCGGCCAGGAAAAACAAAUAGGCAAUUGCAUAAUAGUAAAGGAAUAUUUAUUUGGGUUUAUUACUACAUAUAUUUUGACUCCUCUUCAGUCGAAUAAAGUCGACUCCGAUCCUCCUUCGACCCCCAGCAGGGGGAGAGGGUUGGGGUAUUCCCUACAACGACCUAUACCGGGAUGCUCCGCCCGAAAGGGGUACUUGUUUCAGGCUUCAGGUAUAUCAAAAAUUCAUUCCAAGGGUUUAGACAAGGGAUGCAGUUUUCGUAAGUAGCUAUUUGAAAGGGUGCCAGUUUAAAAUGAAGACACAAAACGUGGUAUCUUUUCUGCCAAAAAGGGUAACUGAGGAGUUGGACAUCGGGGUGUAGCCUUCCCGUAUAGCAUAUUUGUUGAGUAUCCACCGGGCUAACUUUAUUUAUUUAUUUUUUUCGAUCUAUAAUUAUUCUCAAAAAGCACUCCUGGGUUGCCUGUUGAUAAAGAAACACUUGUGAAGGCAAAACCACAGCGACAAACCAGUGAGGGUCAGCCGUAUUUUUAAGCUGUGUAUGAAAGUGGGACGGGGACUUCGGACACGUGUGCAUGGGGACUUGGGACUUAGGGACGCGAGACGAGGGACUUGAGAACAUCAAGUAUGGGACGCGGGGACGCGGAGACGUCAGACACAGUGACGCAGAGGACACGGGAUGUGAAUAAUUACUGCAAAAGUCGGAGGUAAAUGCGAUAUCAGUCACUUUCCUCGUGAAUAUGUCUUGGUGAAGGCAACGUUACAUCUAAUCACGUUUAAUCUCAACAAUUUAUAUCUUCUCUAUGUUAUUUGGCCUUUUUUACGUGAUUAAAAUUUACUUGCGUUAACGUGCAUAGCCAAAAACGCGUCAGUGGAAAUCAACCUUUAAGUACUGUUAGCAAGCAUUUACUGUUAGGUUUGCCACUACAAAUAUGUAGAACAAAAUAUCAAAAUAAAUAUUGCUACAAUAGCUGAAUCCCCCGUGGAUUAGUGGUACAGGGGAUGGAUUUCGGAGCUAGCACCGCGGGGUUCGAAGCUCGCUUAUGGCACAAUUUUUUAUUUAUUUGGAAUCGAAUGCUGUUAUUCUACUAAAAUUUUGGCGACCGCAACCCACCCUACCUUGCUUUGGGCUCCAAUAUUCCACCAGCAAGAAGACCGUCAGGACAACAGUCUCACUUUCUUCAAUGCAAGACUAGCAAUUUAAUAUAGGGGGUCUUCCCCGAGUCUUCGCUUCGUAAACAGGCAUGAAGGAACCCUUAAGAGGGCAGGGUGUGCUGCCUUCACCAAGACAUAUUCACGAGGAAAGUGACUGAUAUCGCAUUUACCUGCGACUUUUGCAAUAAUUAUUCACAUCCCGCGUCCCCUACGUCCCUGUGUUUGACGUCCCCGCGUCCCCGUCCCACACGUCCCCGCGUCUCAUACUUGAUGUCCUCAAUUCCCUCGUCUCGCGUCCCUAAGUCCCAAGUCCCCACACAUGCGUCCCGAUGUUCCCGUCCCCUUGUCCCCGUCCCACUUUUAUACACAGCCCAAUUAUCUUGUUUUCUUUUCCGACGCUAUAACCAGAAAUUUACCCUGCGAGCAGUGUUUUCUCCAGGCCGGACGCUACGCUUCGAUGGGAAAGAAACCACUGCGAGCAACCGUUUGCAUUUCCAUCGAGCAUGCGCGUCCAGGAAAUGACUACGAAUAUCCAACGACAAGACGGCAGGGAGAACUUCAACAAAACAAUAGGUUUAAUAAGCAAAACAACAACUUUGCACGUGCAUCACGCUUUUAUUUUUACAUUUCUUUGCCAUUUUUGCACGAUACGACUACGACGUGAAGAUGCCUAAUUUUGCGUUUUAUGGAUAACGUAAACAAGCAACGACGAAAUUUAUUCUUCUUUUCGCUCUUGAACUUGGAUAUGGUCCCUUGGAAUUCAACUCCAUUUGGGUUCGCCUACAUUUGACAAAGUAAGCAGAUAGGAAUAAAUAAUCCAAAGAAAUACUGAAUAUCCACAGCAGGUUCGCGUUAAGGUAGCAAUCGUAAGCGUAAGCAAAUGCGAGAGCCUAAACUUGCUUUCAAACAGGAUUUACAUAAAUUUAAUUUAUUCGUCCAUAGCGCUGGACGGUGGUUCGAUCAAAGAAGCAGACGGAUGCUCGCAGUGGUUUCUCUCCCUUCGUAGCGUAGUGUCCGGCCUGGAGAAACCACUGCUUGCAGGGUACCAGAAAUUGGAAAAGGUAGAGGAACGAUAGCCUUUGAGCCUGCAGAGUGCUAGGCGAUUUCCGACCUGUGCAAGUAGUGGCUUGAGAGUCCUGUGACAUAGCUUAGUGACCGUGCACCCAUCGCCUGGGGUGGCUUAAUGUUAUGCUUGGAAGGUUUCGCCGGUUUUCUUUGUAGAAAAUGCGAUAUUCUUUACGUAAUAGGGCUUCACAGUUUGAAUAAGGUAAUGUUAUACUUACUUUAAUAUUUUUCUUUUCAGUUUUUUUUUCAAGUAAUUUGGGUGUUGCGGAAACCAUUGUUGUGGGUGUCAAUAAUUUUUUAAUUCUUACACUUGCAUCAAGCUUAAGCUUAAGCGAAAAUCCCGUGUAUAUGGGCCUCGAAUCUUACAUUGUAUUAUUCACUACCAUUCCACCUGAGAAGAGGCUUUUGUGUUGGGCCUUUUUCUAGGUUUGGGCUGGUUUCGUAACGAAUUAAGCCUGUUCACACCAGAAAGCCUGCUCGAAGGCUUCCUUGGCCAGUCAUGGCCUAAUACCGACGGAACUUAGCAUUACGUUAGCAUUGGUUGUAUUUAAUUUACAUGCAUGUAGAGUCACUGUAAUGUUGAGAAUAAGCUUAUGUCAUCGUGAUAGCUGCGAUAGUUGUUUAUGACUUAUUUCAGUUUCGUUUUGAUGGCGUUCAAAUCUGUGCGAUGAAUUUCUAGCUAAGCCUUUGAAUUGUAGACAACCAAAAGUACAAGUACAUAUUUCUUAUGGCCAUUUAAGCCCCCGGCUUUGGCUGUUCUUGUGUAUUUUUUUCUUCCAGGAAUUGAUUAAUUAAACGUAAACGUAAACGUAUGUUUUUUAAGAAAAAGGAAGAAAAUACAUGAAGCCUACAUGUAAGUCAGUAAUGAGUGAUUCCUAAUAGUAUACAAAUGUAGUAACAGGUAGCCCAGCCUUGGUGUAAGAAUUAAUUUGACAACAGUUUUUGUGUUAAUGUAAGAGCAUAAUCAUUUAUUACAUGUGAUUCUCUAGAUUGCAGGUCUCCGAUCAAAAGUAGUAAGCCAACAAACCGCUUUUAUGUCCUCUGCAAAGAGAAUAUCAUCUGGAAGGCAAUUCUUCUAUACUUGUGAAGAUUUUCAAUGGCCAAGCUAUCAUUGCAGUAAUAAUACAACACAAAAUGGACUUUACUUGAGCAAGGUAAUUAACGUUAAAAGUAACCUGAAUCCCAGUGCUGUACAAAGCAAAAAAAUAUCUGAGCUUGGUUUGCAAACUCCACUGUUCACAUUUUUGCUCAUUUGUACAGUGUAUAAAUAUGCAAACUAACUUCAAUCAACUGGAGGAAUUUUUGCGAGCUGAAUAUCUGAGGAAAUAUAGCAGCAGUCGAAAACUGCCAGAUUGCCAGGCCAGACAGUCUUUGAAAAUUUGGAGCUUUGAAGGGAGUAUGUCUCUGAAACUACUUAGUAUGCUGGGCUGGUAAAUUCAACCACAUUACUGAUUAGUGUGGUUGAAAAUGCUUUGUUGAUACAAAACUGACUUUCUUACAAGCUUAAAUAUUCCAGUUUAUUGUUAUUCAUUCUCUUUCUUUUCAACACCAUAGUUUUUACUUUAGGUAAUACGAUUGACUAUUAUUUGAUAAACACCCGAUGAAAGCACAGUUAAGGCUCAAUAAAGGCACCACUAGGGCACUAUCUAUGCAUGAUCAAUGGAAUUCAGGCUCAAAGCAUGUUCAUCAGCUUCUUAUGCCCGAUUAUUGUGCAAGCAUGAUGCACAAUGACAAAAUUUGACCUAUUUUGUUAGAGCUGUGAUGACCAACACCGCACACUUAGCCUUAUGUUACUGAGGCAAAAAAUAAGCUAAGAUAUAGAGAAGUGAUAGUUAACAUUGUUUUGUUUACAAAAAGUGGGGAUUAAAAGAUCAUAGCUUGGUCCAUUGUGACUUAGAUUGAGAUUAAUACAGCUAGAUACUGGCCAAGUUAUUGACAGAGCAAGGCUGGGAAAUAAAGGAACUAUUUUUGGCAAAAAAAUAUAUAUAUAAGAUAGGCUUAACAAUGCCUGCUUGGUUAGCCAAUCACAACACAGGAUUUGCUUGAUUGAUAUAAAAUUAUGUACAUUGCCUGCUUGGUGAUAAAAUUCAUGAGUCACAUGAAGCGUAAUUUAUUGGGUUCUACAUACAACUAUUAUUCUAUCCACACAUAGUGUUGGAAAUAGUCUGUUCCUACCUAAAUUUUUGAUUAUGGAAAAGUUAUUACUCUUGAAAUUGUUUCAAGUUUAUCAUCAUACAUAAUUAUGAUGUACAACAUUAUUGUCAGAGAUAAUUGGCUUUAUGCUUGAAAAUGAUAAUUGAAAUACAAUUUUAAAAAUUAAAAUUCAAUAUUAUCAUUAUAUUUUGCUUAUUUACUUCUGGUUGUUAUAAAUUUUAUUUGUGAAUAAUGCUGUGUCUUUAGUUGAAAUACGUGGCUGAUUUUCUUUUAAAUUUCAGUUUGACAAAGAACUUUCUGAAACAUGGAAUGCUGCAGCAGAUGCUGGAUACUUUAAAUACAGACUUGAUAAAAUUGAAGGAAGGAUGGCACCUGGGAAAUUUUUCUUGUACAUCCAGGUAAAAUGAGUUUUCAAUGAUCUUGUCUAUUUUUGAGUGAUGAUUUUCAAAAUCUUUGGAAUAUUAUGGCCCACAUGUAUAUUUGUUAUGGGUCAGUUUUACAUUAAGUUCAAGUAGUUUACCCAUUGUCAUAAAUAACCAUACAACAAACAAAACAAAAACAAAAAUUGAAGGGAUUGUAAGAUAUCAGCUACAGUCAACUCUCCUAUUUACCCGAUAUUACAUACCUCAGCUCUUUCUUCAAUGGUGUUGCAGAGACUAUUGUUGGUUAGCUAGUGUCUUAUGGUGUUGUUAUUAUUUUUUAGGGUCUUUUUAAUCUUAUAUAUUCAGAAGGGUCUUGGAGGAUAGUAAUUUGCCUUCAUGUAUAAUUAUUAGUAUGUUGUGUAUGGGAUUUAUGAUAUCAUAGCAGCCCAGUACUGGUGUACUAAAAAGUACGAAAUAUUAUUAAUAUUGCACAAGUCUAAAAAGAGAGAGCUCAUUUCCCUGAAGAAUGUAGAAAUUUCAUAGACAGAAAAAGGCAUCAAAUUAAAGCGAACAAGAAGUUAUAAAUUUUUUCAUCAGCUACAUGUAUCAUUAUCUUUUCACCGUUUGUUUUGACAGUUGAAUGAGUUACGUUUUACUCAGCGAAGGAAACCAGAUCCAAUGAACAGUGUUAGUCAACCAUUCAAUCCUGAAAAAUUUAACUUCACUAAAGUGCAAAGUAAAGAGGUAUGGUCAUAGUUGUCAUUAUUAAAUUAGCCUGAGUAGCAAGCAUUUCCAUGUGGUUUCAGAGCAAAGAAAGACAGAGGAACGGCAAGAAAUGGGAUUUUUUGGUUUUGGCCGCCCCAAAAAUGGAACGAGUUGUCUUUGACUUAAGUAACUUAAACAAGAAAGAUACCAUUGAGAAUCUCAAGAUUAAGAAUAACUUUAUAAAAGAGAUACUUUCAAUCUGGGCGGAAGUCAAUUUUGAUGAAAACGUAACGUCCGAGAAACAAUUUCUUGAACAAACUUUAUGGCACAACUCACUCAUUAGAAUCGAUAACUGUCCCGUCUUCUAUCGUGAAUGGUUUGAUCGAGGCGUUACGAAAGUGAAACAUUUGAAAGAUGAACAUAACAAAUUUUUAUCACUAGCUGAGCUGCAGCAAAAAUACAGCCUCAAAGUUUGUCUUUUAAAGUAUUUCGGACUAGUGUCUGCUCUAAAAUCUCUUUGGACUACAUGUAAAACAAACUGUAUCAAAAACUGCAACAAUUAUGAAACCUUUGUAGUAAGAUUAACAGAAUGCCAAAGUGCGAGCAAACUUGUAUACACCAAGUUGCUUUCUACAAAAUGCAAGUUACCAUCCCAUAAUCAACAGAAAUGGCUAAAAGACUGCAACGAAAAUGAUGUGGAGGCAAUUAAUUGGCGGGAAGCCUACCAGUUGGCCGUUAAAUAUACUAAAAGUACACGAAUUAUUGAAUUCCAAUGUAAAUUUUUACAUAGACGAAUAUCAACGAACGACUUCUUAACAAAAAUUGGCGUAAAAGACAACCCAAAUUGUUCUUUUUGUAAUAAUGAACCGGAGAAACUUCUUCAUCUUUUUUGGUCUUGUCCUAAAGUGGCCUUUUUCUGGCAUAGUUUAUCUCUUAAGCUGACUUUGCUCCACAUUACACCGGAACAUUACACAUUAGAUAUAUUUGUUGUACUCAAGUGGUCUAAAGCCGGAUUCUUCAAAAAACUGCCAGCAAAUUACCGGUAAUUUCCUUUUCCUUCUAGCCAGAAAUUACAUCUGGAUUAGCAAAAGAAGGGAAACCUCGCCAAAGAUAGCAGGCUUCCUGCAAUACCUCAAAUCAUUCUACCACAUAGAGACCACUGCAGGUCCCAUUUUACCGAAAAAAUGGGAAAAUGUGAGCUCCUUAUUUCAGUAAGCCUUUGAUUUUGUAUACAUUUGUAUAUCUCGAUCCUCUGCUCAUUUUCUCCAGCAUUAACCUGGUGUAUCUUUUGCUUCACAAUCGCUGCCUCUUUAAGACACUUAAGAUAUAAGUGCGUUUACCGUUUACUGCUUGUAAAUAGUGCAUUGUAGUGUGAGUAGUGAGUAGGUAAGUGUUGUAAGUACUGAGUAUUGUAAGUCUUUACAUUGUAAACAGAGUUAGUACCUUAGUCUAUUGUAUUCUAAAUAUUGUAUUGUAAGUAUUGUAAGUAUCGUAGUGUUUGUAAGUAUUUUUGAUUGUUGAUUGAUUGAAUAAAUGUUAUUAAAAAUAAAAAUAAAAUUUAAAAAAAAAAAGUUUCUCAUUCUUUGCUGUGUAGAACCACAUGGAAAUGCCAGGCUAUUACUCAAUUAUCUACCAGGAAUAAACUUUUUCAUGUAUGGUAGCUUAUCCUUGUACUAAGAAUGGAGGCAUAUAAGUCCUUAAAAAAAGUUAACAAAAAUCUCUUAUUUUCUUUACUGUACCCAUAGGUUCUAUUUGAACUUUGUCCAACGCAUGAUACUGCAGCUGUCAGUGCAAAUGAUGAUCACCAUCUCAUGAUAAUUAAUGUCAGUCCUAUGGAAUAUGGACAUUCUCUGUUGGUUCCAAGUGUAAACUCCUGUCUUCCACAGGUACCUGUAAAGUGUCUUUGGUACUUUCAGCUUUGAUUUUGGCUUUACUGAGAAAAACGUCUUUAACCACCUAUGACCAGGUUCAAACCCCGGCAUUGAUGCAAUAUGUUGUUCAAGUUUGUUGUUAGUUCUCUCUUCUUUCAUUCAGGAGGUUUUUCUCCAGGUUCUUUGGUUAUCCCUCUCCUUAAAAAUCAACAUGCACUUCCAAAUGUUUGCGAUUCAGUCAAUUUGGAACACACAGACGUAUUUAAACGAGUUCUUAAGAACUAAACUACUAAAAGUGAAAAAAAAAAAAAAAAGAAAUGAAAAACUCUCCGUGCAAUUUUCUACCCGUAAUUGAGCUACCAAAACCAAAAACCUUGAGGCAUUAUUGUCACUUGGGUCUUAUCCAGUAAUGUACAAAAAUGCGGUAAAGCUCUCCCUACCCCCCUCCUCCCCACGCAAUUGAACUCUUCUUUUAGUUAAGAAACCUUACUGAUCUUUCUUGGGAAACCUAGGGACACAGGAUUCAUUCAACCAACAGCUAAAUGCAUUAAACAUGUUAAUAUGUUAAGUGCUUCAAGGACAAUAAAAUUAAUUAUUAUCAGAUCAUUAGCUUUUUUAUUAGAGAGUUUUACCAUUUAACUUAGAUAAUCUCUGGUUUGCAUACAUGUCAGUGUGCAGCUUUGUACAUGCUGAAUAUUAGGAUGGGAAAGGUGGCAAAUUCUGUGGACUUACCAGUAUCAUCUUGUCACUUAUUGCUGUAUGUUUGUAAUAAACUGCUAGGUUCUUACUGAAGAAGCAAUAUUACUUGGGCUGGAGACGUCUAUGUUAAGUAACCACAGGUAAACUAAAAUAGCAAUAACUUAUUAUGAUCAUUACAUGAGAUCAAAACAUUGUGAAGUUUGUGAAGAUUUCCUUUUAACACAGAUUUUCUUAACAGAAAUUGUGGAAGAAAAGCAAAGGACUUAAUGACAUUCAUGUCCCCUUAAUACAGGUGAUCCGCUUAACACGCGUUUCUCCUUUUUUUUUUCUGUAGAGGAUUCCGUUUGGGUUUUAACAGCCUGUGUGCUUACUGUUCCGUGAAUCAUUUACAUUUCCAUGUGUGGUACAAUAAACAUCCAUCUUAUCUUGAGACAGUGGUGAGUUCAUUAGACAACCUUGCCGCAUUUUAUUCGGCUUCCAUGCUUUCUUUUUGUCGUACUGUGGAAGUAAACAUUUAACAUAGGGAAAUAAUUAUGACCGAGAUGAGCUAUAAUUUAUGCCAGUUAGUUUAAGGACCUUUCAUUCUUCAUUCCCAUUCCAUCCCCUGCACGCAUUAACAUGGCAAAAAGUCCAACCUCUGAAAUAUUUGCUGGCGUUCUGUGAAGAAAAGUGCCCAUGGGUUAAGAUAUGUCUUUUUGAGUGGGAGCACCAGAGAGAAUUCUUUGUUUUUGUAAUAUUGGUGGAGGCUUUUGAGCUACAUAUAGGAGGCUAGAUUCAACCCACGUUCCGAGAUUCUCUCCAUUGUCUUCAGGAGACUGGGGAUAAUAAAUUAUAAGUAAUAUCCCUCCACAAAGUGGGCAUGCGUGCCUUCACCGCCCCGCCCCACCCCACCCCCCUUAAUUCUCCCCGCUGUUUGUUUGCCUUUUCAGUACGCCGGCAUUAAUUACGAGGUUUUGUCUCUCACUGAUGAAUUGUUGUAGGACGUUUUUCCUGUUUGUGAAGACCUAUUUGAAGUUAGAGAUUAUGCAACGACUAUGUUCGUCUUCGAGUUAGGACCUCACACUAAUCCUAGUUUACUAGCGAGGUAAGGAGCGAAAAGUUGUAAUAACUCAUUACACAGUUUAAUAGCAUCCCCUGAUCGUAUUUUCUGUUAGUUAAGAAAAAGAGGAGGAAAUAAAACUUUCAUGUAUGUACAGUUUCAGCUACAGUUUUUACCCUAUAGCGGCUACUCCAAAAGGGACUGGAAUCUAAUCCCCUCUACGAUUAGAGCAGAAAGUUGAUUGUAAUUACCUUAGCUAUAAUUCCAAAGUUUAUCUUUUAUUACUUUUUUUCUUCUUCUUCUUGUUUUAUUAUUUUUUUUUUACUCUCUUUUCCACGCGAAACGGAAAGCGUUAAAAUAGAAGUUCUACAUGUAUAUAAUGUCACGCCAAAGUACUGAGGCAAACGCACGUCGCACGCCUGGUUUGGGCUGCUUUUACUGUUGUUUGAUAGUGGUAUUUUUAACCAGUUACAUUAAAAACACUGCUGUUCGUAUUUUAAACAUUACAUAAUUAGGUUCAAUCAAACGCGAAAGAAAUAAAAGUAAAAAUUGAAAUGCUUGCACAAAUAUGAUGGAAUAAAAGCUAUUUAUAACAUACUGUAUGUAUGAUAUGCAAUUUAUUAUGUACAUGUUUAAAUCUCAGAUGUAUACAUAAGAACCUUCAAGGCCGAGGUGUCGAAAUGUAAAGUCUCUGAAAGUGCCGAUUUCACCGAGCAUGUUAGCAAACGUGUUGUCCUAGCGUUCCACAAAAUCACACCCUUGCAAACUUCUAAAUUCCUGCCACAAUUAGUACAAAACCACGCAACCGUUAGAAAAAUGAACGAUCUAACUGACCGCACCGCCUGUUAAUCUCGGCCGCCGUUUUAUUCACAGAAAAAUAAACCAAGUAUCGUCUUAUUUUAUACAAAACGAGGUCGCACAUACUUGUCUUAUUAUGCGUGGAGAAGCUUGUACCUCAAAAGCGCUGAUAAAUGGGUAUGUUAACAAGGAACGUAAGCAACAGUCUGUCCUCAGAGUCUUCCUCUGGCCUCGAAAUGCUGUGACUGGUGAGUAGUACAAAGACUGUCAUAAAUAGUCUGCGAGCAGGGUCACUUUGGCGAGUUCGGUGGAAAUUUUGGCGUCAAACGCCCAUCGCGCGAGGUGAUGGCGGCUGCUCGCAGGCUAAUUCAUAAACAAUUUUUUCUUCUUCUUUUAUUAGCUAAGUUCAAUAUCCUUACUGGAAAGUACGAUUUUAGGUUUUUCCCUCCAUAUGGCUCGGACCUUCGAGCAUUCGUUUUGCUCUGAUUUACACUAGAAUGAGCACGUAUUGAUUAUGUCUUUCUUUCCGCAGAACCGGAAAACUGUGAUUAAAUAGCACAGUUUCUCUUAAGUUCUCCUUAAGAUUCAUUUUUUUACAAAUCACUUUUUCUUUAGUAAAGAUCUCUUGCUAGAAUAUCUGAAACCGUCUCGUGCCAUAGUAACAAUAGUACAUACUGUUGCAGACACAUUGAAGAACUUAGUAUCUUUAUGGAACCAGCUAUGCAGGCUAACUCUGCUAUGUAAUUGUAUUGACAGGUUCCGAGGUGAAGAGCUCGUAUGCGGAAUCAGACGAACGACCUAUGGCUGUCUGUGAAUUAGGUGGCUUUGUAGCAGUUGAAAGUGAGAAUCCGCUUUUAUAAGUUGCUUUCUUUUCGGCUGAAUGUCAUAAGUUUUUCGCCCCACGUAAGGGAAUGCAAGACUCUGGAUUCGAUGUACUGGAUCCCGGAUGCUAAUCGUUAGUGGAAUUCCGGAUUCCUCUGAGCCCAGGAUUCCGGAUUUCACGGCAACAAUUUGCUGGAUUCCAGAUUUCACAAGCAAAAAUUUCCCGCAUUCACUUACGUGAGGCGAAGUUCUGCUUAACGAUGACAAUUCUUUUCUUUUCUUUUAUUUGUUGUUUUUUUUUGCUCUUUCAGCGAGAGAGACAUUUAAUUCGUUCAGCGAGGAGAAAUUUUGUGAAUACAUGAAACGAGCUACGCUACGUGGAGAAGAGUUUGCCAAGCACAGGGAGGCAAUAAGAGAAUUACUUAGAAAUUAAAUUAGCUUGUUGCAUUUCUCGAACAAAUCUGGUAGUGUUGGUGUAAAAGGACUCUUUCCAGUUGUGGUAUUUUUUUGGGGAAAGACUUUGAAGUCUGGUCAGCAACAACGAUCGAACUUGCUAGUGCAUCCGUGUUCAUAUCAGGGAUAACCAUCUACUGGGUUUUCUAAUAAUCACUGUUCAACUUAGGUUAUCAGUUUUAUGCUUUUGUACAUUGUGCAUGUAGGUCUUAUUUAAUGAAGUCCAUUUUUAAAUUGCAUGUUUUACUAGUCACUAUUAAUCAAUUGUUAAUUAAUCAGUCAAUCAAUCAAUCAAUCAGUCAAUCAGUUGAUUGUUUGUAUGCGUCCCAAAGUCCAAGGAGAGCCCGUGUUACUACGUUUAAAUUUCAACCAGUUCCUUAUCCUUUCAACAGAACUACAAACAUGUCCUCUUCAUUACCGUUUGAAAUGAAACGUGAAACAUUUCGUCUUUAAUGAAGGUACCAGUCGCACUGGCCCCCUUGUGCUGAUUUCCUCUUCUCUGCCUGUUUCACCACCACAAACGAUAACAAGAGACUCUGCUCGCGGGCUACAUUUAAAACGUACUGGUUUGGUGAAAGGAAGUGGGCGAUUUAUUAACGACAAUAAUAUUGAUAUGUGUUGGAAAUAACAAAUUAACCUGUACAUCACAAAGUUCUUUACAGAAUGGUCGGACUAAAGUAAAGAUAAAGGAAGGAGAGAAAAUUAGAUUGAUUUACUUGCACUUAAAUGAGAACUAGAGAUUGAAAGUUGGCUUUGGCGACUAGCCAAGCUUAUGCAGCUACAAUAGCUAUGGGGUCAAUGACGGUUGAUGUCACGUGUUUCUCUUUGAGUUCUCUUAUACACGGUACAUUCCUAUUCGUAAAGGUUUACAUUGGAGCGUGAGGGGAAAGUUCCAAAAUGGAUCCCGCAGCCUUACUGAGUAUAAUUUGUUGGUCAGUAAUAUAAAGAGUCUCCCCGGUCGACAGUUUAAUCGAUAAUUUGAAAAAAUAGGCCAGAGUGAGAGAAGGGGCCAGUGAUGAAAGAUGAAGAUCUAGAAUACCUCCUUAAAAACAACAACAACAACAACAACACUGCUUCAUUUACCAAGAAAUUCAAAUCCUGAUUGAGCAGUCCCUAAAUAUCGAAACAAGCCCUGAACUAGAAGGUUAAAACGACGAGGAAGUUCCGUUUGACAGCCUGCAAUAGACCCGCUCCAGCAAGCUUCUCUCAACACUGCUGUCACGUGUAAGAGUGAUUAACGCACUUAACUCCCAAUUAAUCCUCUCUGGGGGUUAAUGCAAAAACAUUUAAUCCCGACUUUUCUCUCAAGGGUGCCGGCAAAGUUCUAGAAAGUUCUGAUUCUAUUAAUACGUUUACCAUGCGUGCCCAGAGAAGCACUAUUUUUACCCUUUCACUGCCAAAUGUAGCCAAAGGCAAAGUUCGACCAGAUUUCCAAAUUUCAUUUUGUAAAAUUUUGAAAAACAAAUAGCACCAUGUGUAAGUACAGGCAGAGAGCUUUCAUUUGAAUGGUCACAUCAUAGGAUUUCGUCCACAGACUCAAAAGUUAGAGUCACCUUACAAAACUCCAUCAAACACUCUGGCAGUGAAAGGGUUAAAGCUCUCCUCGACCUCGAGGACUUGCCAUGUCAAGACUGCCCAAAAUAACAUUUAAUCUACCUUCUCUUCUUCCGACGACAUGAUAUCUCUAUCUCAUGACGUUUUCGUAUUUAAACGUUAAGGCGAGUGUAUACUAGACUGCUUGCAGUCCGCCUUUUCUCUUAAAAUCCUUCUAGUUCUUAUCUCAUCCAGCGCGAUUCCAAGCCACGACGUUAUGUAUUACAGAGACGAGACGAGAAAAUUUUUUCUUCUCGGGUUUACGCCCUCGUUUCUCGCGGCUCGCGGCUUUGCCGCUCGCGUGCUUAGGUUUCGCGUGCAGUAACUUUGCAAAGAAAAAUAAGAGACUGCUCGCAGUCUUAUUGUAUACCCACGUUUCAGACUUUUUUGGCAAACCAUUCUGCCUUCAGUUCAAAUUUUCCUUUGUGUAUGACAACCAAAAUCCCGCGUGGUAAGUAAGAGGCGAUGCUUCAUCUAGGCCACACUUUUCCAAAACUUUAAGGUGGUUUAAUGAAUAUCAUAAAGAGAACGUAACAACUUUCGAAUAAGCAAAUUUUAUUUAACACGUUCGAUGACUCCCUUCCAAUGCAAAUGCCAAUUUCAACUCAACGCAAACUCCGUCUAUUGGUUUUACUGCAAAAGAAAUACUUGUAUACUUGCAAGAACAUUGUAACGAAACCUAAUUUAGACGAAUUUUUACGUAAGCGGCUUUUGAACAAAAUCGCAUUGAAAAUUGUGGCAAACAAUAUGGAAUAUGUGUGGCAACUGACAGGGUUUUUUAUUAUUAUCAUUAUUUUCCAAUACUGUUUAUUUUUAUUGUAAUUUGUUUUGUUACUUACUGACAUAUUUAUUUACUUAUUUAUUAUUUUACUUUCUGCUGUGUAUUAAUGU